AGAGUUUUGCUGGUCUGCUUUCUUAUACUUUUGAUUGAUUGUAGUUUUAUUCCCUUGGUGCUUCACCGCACUUUGCCUCUUGAGCUAAGUGAAUAUUCUGUGAAAAGUUAUUUUCUGAUAUUUCAACUCCCAAGCAAAUACUGAGCUUGUUUGCAUUCAGCCCUUGAUUUAGCAUUUAUGAAUGUCAGAGCCUGUAUGCCUCAGGAUAGCUUAUUUGCUAACUUUGUGUUUUCUUUUAUCUGCAGAUAUCUGCUUGAAAGAGGUGACCUCAAUAGCAGACAGCCUUUAUAAUAUCCAGCUGCUGAAAGAGUUCACCAAUGAGUACCUUAACAAAAGCUUUUAUUUGACUCUAGAGGACAUGCUCUACGCACCUCCUGUGCUCAAGCACAAUGUCAUGGUAUUUAUAGCAGAGCUCUUCUGGUGGUUUGAGAUUGUCAAGCCUGAAUUUGUCCAGCCGAGAGAUGUUCAGGAAUUUAAAGAUGCAAGAGCAAUGACUCAGCCCAAGAGUGCCAGGCCAAUUGUACCCAUCUCCAAUGCCACCAAACGGAGCUUCCUAGUGUCUCCUGGUGUGGCUGAUCCAGCGCUUCCUGUCCAGGACAGCCCGGAAGUUUGUAACAGGUACAUCCUGCACCCUGAAGAAUCUGAGUCUCUGUAAGUGCUUCAUGGUUUUGUCUCUUCCAUAUGUAGCUUUGAGUGUAAAUGUCAGUGAUGUUAGUCUAUGUAAAAAUAUGCAUUGGACAGUCUAGAUUUGUUUCUAAAUAAACUUUCUAAUAAUUAAUAUUCUCUCUAAUUUGUAUUCUUGCUCAGCCAAACCUAUUUUCUACUGGGCAGACCCGUGGAAACA